CUUAGGAAGAGUGCUAGAGUAUAAAAAGGAGAUGCAUGUGUUGCAUCUCAUCGGAAUCACAGACAGCCGUGAAGAAACAUCUAAAGUGAACAUCUACCGUGAAGAAACAUCUACAGCAGAAGACGAUUUUUUAUAUUAGGAGGGUAGAUCGCUGCAAAAUUAAAAACUCUUUAACUUUAACUUUGUUUUGAGAUAAAAAGAUAAGACAACAAUGAAAGCUGUAAUUCAGUGCCUCUUUCUCCUCAUGUGCAUGAGUCUCUGCAUGUCUGCACCUAUUUUGAGGUGCCGGUGUCUGAACACACAAAACAGAGUACAGGAAACUGAAAUCGUUAAGAUCCAAGUGAUUGAGCCAACCUCGUACUGCAACAAAACACAGAUCAUCAUCAAACUAAAGAAUGGCAAAUCUGUGUGUCUAAACCCGGAGAAAUGGAACAACAUGAACCGCACAACUUCAAAGCCAAAGACCGCAUCAACAACAGUGUCGACUACACAAUUGGUCGCAUAAACACGUGUCCUGUGUUUACUACUCAGACAACCAGGAACCAGGAGGGAGCAAAGGCUGGUUCCUGCAGGGGGGACGGGCCGGUGGUGAAGCUGUGAAUGUCAGCUGGGUGGAGUGGCAGCUAAAACCGUCUGUGUUCAGUAGUGGAGAGGCCUGAGCUGCACAUUCAUGAUGACAUGAUACUGUAACAGUAGAGCUUCAGGCUUUACAGCAGCUCAUCGGUCAUCUCUAUAAUGUAGCACAAUAAAAUGUGUCCUUGAGCAAAAAUGAGUCUUAGUUACUCAGUUACUGCAGUGUUAUCAUGAAGUAUUGUUAUUGUAAACAAGAGCUGGUUUAAAUGUUAUUUGUAAACAGGUAGUUAUCGUAAAGUUUGUUAGAUGAUACAGUUUGUUUUUAUUUAAGCACUUAUAAAUAAUUGUUUAACAUAAUCUGUAUCUAUUUUCUUUAACAGUUGAAAAUAUGCUGCAAUAAAUAUGACGUUUGCAAGAAA